AUGGGCGAAUCUGCCGGCAGUAACGACCAUGAUGUAUCCCUGGCGGAGCACAAAACAGUCGUGGCCCGAAUUUCCAACCAGGUGGCCGACUUCUAUACCCAGAGGAUCCCCUUCCGCAUCUUUCACGGGAACACAAACUCGACUCGCCUGAGCGAGCGUUUGCGAGAUGCCACAGUGGACACUUCCUCGCUCGACCACGUACUCUCUGUCUCGCCGUCGAAGCAAACGUGUCUCGUCGAGCCCAAUGUGCCCAUGGACAAGUUGGUCGAAGCCACGUUGCGGCAUGGUCUGGUACCCCCGGUUGUGCCCGAGUUUCCGGGCAUCACGGUCGGAGGCGGGUUCGCGGGCACCGCGGGCGAAAGCAGCAGUUUCAGGCAUGGCUUUUUCGACAGAACCGUGACUUGGCUGGAGGUUGUUCUUGCGGAUGGCGAGGUCGUGACGGCCUCGGAGGAGGAGAGACCCGAUCUGUUCCACGGUAUGGCGGGCACCUUUGGCACACUCGGCGUCAUAACCCUUUUCGAGUUGCGCCUGUUACCUGCGAAAGGAUUUGUCGAGCUGUCGUAUCUGGGAGUGGGAAGCAUUGAGCAGGCCCAGGAAGUCAUCAAGCAGGCGACAAAACAAAAAGGGACCGACUUCGUCGAUGGAAUCAUGUUUGCUCCGGACAAAGGGGUCGUCAUGUCUGGGAGGUUUGCUGAUCGAAGCGACGAAAGCAAGGAUCUCCCUGUUGUCACGUUCACCAAGGCGUGGGAUCAAUGGUUCUACCUGCACGCCGAAGCGAGACUGAACAGCGUCAUGCCGUCCUCCACAUCGACACCAACAUCAAAACUUCCGUUCAUGUCUCCUCCCCGCGACUUGAUCCCUUUGACGGACUAUCUCUUUCGCUAUGACCGUGGCGCCUUCUGGACCGGACGCUUCGCGUACAGAUAUUUCUAUGUGCCCUUCAUUCGCCCCGUACGCUGGCUAGCCGACUACUUCAUGCACACCCGGAUCAUGUACCACGCCUUGCAUCGUUCAGGUCUUUACCAGCGCUUCAUAAUCCAGGACAUGGCAGUGCCAAACAAGAACAUGCCCGAAUUCUCCCGGUGGCUCGACACGGAGUUGCCGCACGUCUAUCCGAGGUGGUUGUGCCCCCUGAAGCCUAGAGCAGGCGUGAGUAUGAGUCCGCACUCGAGAUCUGGAUCUGCUACCGCCACGGACACUGAUGAGGGUGGCGAUGAGGAUAGUAAUCAAUUCGACAAUUCUCUGCUCAACGUUGGUGUCUGGGGCGAAACGCCUGCCGAAUACCUCCAAGUUACGAUCAACCGACUUAUCGAACGCAAACUCAAAUCCCUGGGUGGCAUGAAAUGGCUGUACGCACAGACUUUCUACACCGAGGACGAAUUCUGGGACAUCUACGACAAGCAAUGGUACGACGCGUUGCGAACGAAAUACAAAGCCGAGGGCUACAUACCUAGCGUGUUUAAUAAAGUCAAGACACGGGACCUCUUCGAAGACGUCAAAGACGAGGAUGGAAAGCUUACAAGAAAGGACGCAAAGUUACCUAUCGAACGCGGCUUAUGGAGUGUGUGGCCCCUAGCCGGAGUGUACGGGGUACUGAGUGCGCUUAAAGGAGGCGACUACCUAAGGAAACGCUGA